AUGGCUGUACCAACUAUCCUCCCCGCUGAGGCAACUCCUCUCGACAUUGGGAAGAAGAGGCGGUACAGCGAGGUGGUGGACCUCACACAUGAAGACCACACUACCGCUGCUUCUGAAAGACCACCACCACCGGCCAUAACUCGGGAUAGUGACACGCGACCACACGAGGCGCCUCCUCCGCGCAACAUAGAGGACGACGAGUUUCCCGACGACGAGAGUGAUACCUCGGACCUGGAAGACAUGCUGGACGAGUCUGAAUUGAAUCCAUGGGCAGACAUAACAGAUGAUGGACCUUUCUCGAUGUCUGCCGACAAGAUUGCUGCCUACAAGGCUCAGCUUCGCCAAGUGGGACCAGAAGACUUCUUCGACGAUGCAAUCAAUAACCAGGGACUAAGUCCUCGUCAACUCGGUGUCGUGUUUGGAGUCAACCCUCUCAUAGCGGUUGAGGACGACACCUAUCUACGACUACUGAGCGUGGCCAUUGUGCGCUUCUAUCAUAAGAGGACAAAGCUCUCGCAAUGGAACACCAUCGACGAUGCUGCAAAGCUGCUCCAAAGCAGCUGCAACAUUAUGGUCAUCACCGGCGCUGGCAUCUCGACCUCGCUCGGCAUACCCGACUUCCGUUCCAAGGGCACCGGAUUCUACGACAAGGUUCGAGAAAUGGGCUAUUCAGAGCCUGAGGAUGUUUUCGAUAUACGAAACUUCGACGAGAGGCCUGAGAUCUUUUACAGUCUAGCUGGAGACAUCUUGCCAGGCCAGAAGCGAUACUCGCCGACCCACGGCUUCAUCCGUUUGCUCCAGGACGAGGGCCGACUGCAGACCAACUACACCCAAAACAUCGACAAUCUCGAAGAAGUGGCAGGCAUCGAGAGGAAUCGCAUCAUCCAGUGUCAUGGCAGCUUUGCUACUGCUUCAUGCCGCAAGUGCAAGCAUCAGGUCAAGGGGACAGAGAUCUUCAGCGAUAUUCGUGCCAAGCGGGUCGCACGAUGCAAGCGAUGCAUAGAGGCUCUAAGGAGCUCGGCACUAGCACUACCACCACAGAAGCGUUCAAAGUCGAAGAAUCGGUAUUCCUCCGCAGACUCGGACGCUGACGACGAUAUACCACAGCCCGGCAUCAUGAAGCCAGACAUCACCUUCUUCGGCGAGCAGCUACCCACCACUUUCUUCGACACCUUCACCCAGCGCGACGCUCAGCAGACAGAUCUUGUAAUCGUCAUUGGCACAUCUUUGAAAGUGGCUCCAGUCAGCGAGAUGCCAAACUUCCUCCCACACGCAGUCCCCCACAUCUACAUCUCGCGAGAACCGAUCAAGCACGUCGAGUUCGACAUCCAGCUCCUUGGUAAUUGCGACGACGUGGUGUACGAGCUAUGCCGCAGAGCAGGCUGGAACCUCAAACACGACAUGAUCCCCACCACCACCGGCUACACCAUGGACAUUACGCCACACCCCGAGGUCAGUCACAUCUCCCGAGUCGCGCCUAGGAAGCCCGAGAUCGAGGAGUCGGACGAUUCGGAUAAUGGCGGUGCUCACGAUCCAGCACCUGUGCUAGUCCACCGCAGUCCUCAAAAAUCGAGCUCGCAGAAUCCGAGUCCGCAGAAAUCGAAACAGACGACGAACACCAACAGCGUCUUCCGGAUGCUGAAUGGAGAUUUCACGCCCACGCCGUGA